AUAGUGGUUUAUCACCAUAUAUGCGUCCUUCUCGAGAAACCAACAAAGUCAAAAGCAGUAGAAUUCUUUACUAUAUCAAAAUAUUCCUCCCUAUUACCAUCUUAUCCGCAUUCACCAUUUUGGGAUGUUUUCUAUUUUCACGGUUUAAGCUCAAGAAUAAUCGUGUCGGUAUACAAACAACGAAGAAUGGGGAUUUGUGUUCCAUAUGGAACUAUGAUGGAAAGAUAGCAUACGAGGAUAUUGUCGCAGCAACAAAGGAUUUCGACUUUCGAUAUUGUAUUGGAGUUGGUGGCUAUGGAAGUGUUUACAGAGCAAAACUCCCUUGUGGUAAAGUAGUUGCUUUGAAAAAACUUCAUCAUUUAGAAGCCGAGAAUCCAACUUUUGACAAGAGUUUCAAGAAUGAGAUCAAGUUUCUAACGGAAAUACGACAUCGAAACAUAGUGAAGCUUCAUGGGUUUUGUCUACACCGACGAUCUAUGUUUUUGAUCUACGAAUACAUGGAAAAAGGGAGUUUGUUCUGCAACUUAAGAGAUGAAGUGGAAGCUGUGGAAAUGGAUUGGACAAAAAGAGUGAAGAUCAUCAAAGGCAUAGCACAUGCUUUGUCUUACUUGCAUUAUGAUUGCAACCCUCCAAUAGUUCAUCGAGACAUAUCAAGUAACAAUGUCCUUUUAAACUCGAGCUUUGAGGCCUUUGUAGCCGACUUUGGAACAGCUAAAAUGCUAGAUCUUGACUCAUCCAAUCAGACCAUUAUUGUGGGCACAUGUGGAUAUGUAGCUCCAGAACUUGCCUAUUCAAUGGUUGUUACCGAAAAAUGUGAUGUUUAUAGUUUUGGAAUAGUGACAUUGGAAACAUUAAUGGGAAAACAUCCUGAAGAAGUGUUACCAUGGUUGUCAUCACCAACUUAUUUGGUAAAUAUUAAGCUGAUUGAUGUGUUAGACAACCGUUUACCACUUCCGAUAUGCCAACUAGUUGCACAAAAUCUUGUUCACAUUGCUACACUAGCAUUCGCUUGCUUAAAUCCACAACCGAAGUCUCGACCAACAAUGAAAGAAGUGUGUGAAGAGUUUCUUUGUGACCAAAAAUCCUUGGGAAUUCCUCUUCGGAUGAUCUCUUUGUUACAACUUGUGAACCGUGAAAUCCAUAUUGGAGGCAAAACUGAACAUUAUGAUGUUCAAAGUCCAUGCGCUUGUUAGAUACUGUUUAUCGUGCUGUCAUGAUUUGUUUCUAAACUAGCUUUUGUGUUAUAUAUGAUGUAAUGAAUUGUAAUGUUGAAUACACUUGUUUAUUUGGUGGCUAUGGAAGAAAUAAAUUCUGCAAUUUGAUUCAAA